AUGCCCGAAUCACGCUCCAAGCACCCCCUCGUCUGGAUCGACUGCGAAAUGACCGGCCUCGACCUCUCAAAAGACACAGUCAUGUCCCUCUGCUGUUUCGUCACCGACGCCCAACUAAACCUCCUCGACGAUAAAGGCUACGAAGCCGUCAUCCACCACACCCAAGAACAGCUGGACGCAAUGGGUGAAUGGUGCACAAACCAGCACGGAAAGACUGGUCUGACUGCUCAAUGUCUCGCUUCGGAUAAAGAUGCAGAGACCGUGUCUAAAGAAUUGCUAGAGUAUAUCCAGAGGUACUGUCCUGAACGUAAAAAGGCGCUGUUGGCUGGAAAUACUGUACAUGCCGACAGAGCUUUUUUGGUGCAGCAGCCGUAUACUCCUGUCAUGAAGUGGCUGCAUCACCGUAUCCUGGAUGUGUCAGCUAUCAAAGAGGCGGCCAAGAGAUGGGCUCCUGUAGAGAUCCUCAAGAAGAGUCCCGGCAAGCAGGGUCUACACGAGGCUAGAGCAGACAUUCUCGAGAGCAUCGAGGAAGCCAGAUACUACCGCAGAGUCUUCUUCCAAAAUGGUGCCGAGCCAAAGGCAGAGGCAGAGGAGUCGACUGCUGAGGUUGACGGCGAUGCUCACGCCUCAAUCAUUGGCGACAGGGAGGUGAAGCCCAAGGAGAUCACUCAAGAAGUCGGCGCCGCAAAGGCCCAGACGACGGUGCAGAGCUUAGAGGCAGAAGGCUUCGGUGCUACUUCUGGCAAGCCCAACCUUGACAGAAAUGGAGGCAACCGCGAUCUAGCCUCAUAG